AUGAUCACAAUCGCCUCUCGCAAAGUGUAUCGCCAACUUAUCCUUCUGGCAUCCUCGGCUGCUUAUGAUUCUAGCCUGAAUUGGUUUUCACUUACUGUGACUCAUACCAACGCAGUAAAAGAGAGAGGAAAAGUCAAAUAUUUUGAUACCAAGGUUGAAUCGUUUGUCAUUCUGUCUGCUUUCCACGAACCAAGGAACACAAUGCGGUCAAUUACAGUUUCUGCUUUCAUUGCCCUCUUGGCUGCAGAGGCUUUGGCCGCUCCAUACACCAAUCCAGAGCCUUUCACUAAGGCCGGCAACCUCAAGGCACGCUACACUGAGCCUUUCACUGAGCCCUUCACUGAGCCCUUUACGGAGCCUGAGAAGCGCUACACCGAGCCUUUCACCGAGCCCUUCACUGAGCCCUUCACUGAGCCCUUUACGGAGCCUGAGAAGCGCUACACCGAGCCUUUCACCGAGCCCUUCACUGAGCCCUUUACGGAGCCUGAGAAGCGCUACACCGAGCCUUUCACCGAGCCCUUCACCGAGCCCUUUACGGAGCCUGAGAAGCGCUACACCGAGCCCUUCACCGAGCCCUUUACGGAGCCUGAGAAGCGCUACACCGAGCCUUUCACUGAGCCCUUCACUGAGCCCUUCACCGAGCCCUUCACCGAGCCCGAGAAGCGCUACACCGAGCCAGAGCCAUACACUGAGCCCUUCACCAAAGUUGACAAGCUCAAGGCUUGAGGCUCGUUACACUGACUCCAAUGGGCUCGCUGCUCGCUGCCGCCAAAGCUAAGCCCUUUCUUUGAAAGUAUCCAUUCUUUCAACUGGAGUUUCGAGGAACUCGUGGCUGAGCUUAGAAAAUUUCGAAUCACCGUGCAGUCCUCGAUCAUAUUCUCAAACAAUUUUUCCACUUUCCCUCUGUCCAUACUAAGCCCAUUACGGUCGCUACUGUCAAAAUAGGCAGAUUAUAUUGUUGAUUUUACAGAGAAGGGAUGGUAGUGAAUUUCAUCUAUGUAUAUGUGCAGCGUACCGUCUCUUUCGGUCGAUUUCUCUGUUUGAUCCCAAAAAUCAGUCAAUUAGAUCCAACUUCUUGUCUCUCGCUAAAUUAACCUCAUAUUACUA